CCCGGGGAUGAAGACCCCGGCGAAGGGCAGCGCGGAGCGGCGAGGGGCGGCCGGGGGCUCUGCGCGCUCGCGGUAGCACCGAGCACCGAGGAGUCCCGGUGCCCAGCGCGGUGGCAUGGACCGCCAGCUCAACAUCAGCUGCCUCAGCGGCGCGACGCUGGAUACCAGUAACCGGAGUGGGUCAUCUGGCGGGCUGGAGGGUGGCAGGGCACAGCUCUCCGUCUUCAGCGUGCUCGUCCUCACCCUCCUGGCCAUGCUGGUGGUGGCCACUUUCCUAUGGAACGGCUUGGUCCUGGCCACCAUCUUCCGCGUGCGCACGUUUCAUCGGGUGCCCCACAACUUGGUGGCGUCCAUGGCCAUCUCUGACGUGAUGGUGGCGGCCCUCGUCAUGCCCCUGAGUUUGGUGCACGAGUUGUCAGGGCGGCGGUGGCGGCUGGGUCGAUCUCUGUGUCAGGUGUGGAUCUCUUUCGAUGUCCUGUGCUGCACUGCCAGCAUCUGGAACGUCACUGCCAUCGCCCUCGACCGCUACUGGUCCAUCACCCGGCACCUGGAGUACACACUGCGCACCCGACGCCGAAUCUCCAACAUCAUGAUCGCGCUCACCUGGAUGCUCUCUGCCUUCAUCUCCCUGGCCCCGCUGCUCUUUGGCUGGGGAGAGACUUACUCAGAGGACAGUGAGGAGUGCCAGGUAAGCCAUGAGCCUUCCUACACCAUCUUCUCCACCUUCGGGGCCUUCUACCUGCCCCUGUGUGUGGUGCUGUUUGUCUACUGGAAGAUCUACAAGGCGGCCAAGUUUCGCAUUGGUUCUCGGAAGAGCAACUCCAUCACCCCCGUCUCACCAGAAGCCCUGGAGAUAAAGGAAGCUGCCCAGCAUCCACAGAUGGUCUUCACUGUCCGGCACGCCACGGUUACGUUCCAGACAGACGGAGACACGUGGAGAGAGCAGAAGGAGAGGAGAGCUGCCCUCAUGGUGGGCAUCCUCAUUGGAGUCUUCGUGCUCUGCUGGAUCCCUUUCUUCAUCACGGAGCUCAUCAGCCCACUCUGCUCCUGCAACAUCCCACCCAUUUGGAAGAGUAUAUUUCUAUGGCUAGGCUAUUCCAAUUCCUUUUUUAAUCCCCUUAUUUACACUGCUUUCAACAAAAACUACAACAAUGCUUUCCGGAACCUAUUCUUUAGACAGCACUGACAAGCUUUCUCUGCCCCAGGAGGUUAUUCUCAGCUCUCAGUGGAACCUGAUAAACUCCUGAGGAAGCUGACAACCACAAACACGGUGGUGAUGCCAAGGAUGUGUCCCCAUGGGUACAUCCCAGCAAUGGUCCCUGUUCCUAUGCAGUCGCUAUUAUUCAUGAAGCAGCAUGCAAGGGUUUCUCUGUCAAGCAGCAAAGAAUUCUGCCUCUGGUGCCCCACUGCUUUCCUCCUCCCUUCACAGUGAUGCUCUUGGGACACUGGGGUGACAGUAAUGGUGCAGUGAUGGCUUCUGGGAAAGGUUCCUAUUUGAAACUCUGGUGUGGCCCACUGCUGGUCUCCUGGAGCAUUAAUCAGCUUUGUCCCACUUGCAAAGCUGGGAGCCCUCAGUGUCAGGGCAGUUGGUGACUAUGGAUGAAACUCGAUGUUCCUGGGUUGGUUGAACAGACUGUCAUAGCUUUCACUGGUAGAGAUUGUUUAGUGUUUGUAUUUGAGAGAGAAUCUCCUCGUUAAAGGGUUAAAAGCAGAGUCCCAAGUACAAAGCCCUUUUUCACAUCAACAACAGAUUGUGCUAUUUGCUAUUCUGUUCCAUGUAGCAGGUUUUUAAAAAAUAUAUAUUUACUGUGAAAGCUUAAUGCAUGGUACACACUGGAAUGAGAAAUAAUGCAUGGGAAAUCCACCUGUCUCAUUGCUUAACUGAUAAGCAUCUGCUUCAGACUUUUACUUUCCAAAACCCCAGGCAUUCCUGGGCUGUGAAUGUUUAAACUUUGUGUCCGUGUUUGCCAUUCUAAAUCACAGAUGUGAUUUUGAGCAGAUGUGGGGCAGGUUUCCUGUCAUUGCAGGGGAUACAGGGAGGGCAUUUCAGAUUUCCCAUCAACGUGGAGCUGUGUAUUGGUAUUUAUGAGUGUGACUCAAGUAUGACUUGAGUCAAAGCAAAGAUCCCAUUGAAUUUCCAAGGGCACUGGACUGCAGACACAAGGAAGUUAAUGAUGGGCACCGUUUCAUUCUGGAAGCAGAACCAACCCAUAGAUGUGCUCUGCUGUGAGGCCCAAACUUAUUCUUUUGCCCCUCUACAGAUAUUCUGCCUGGUGGCUGUUGCUCUGUGGUUCCCCCGCCGUCCCUUGUUGCCCACAUCGUUGUUGACAUUUUACUCCUAGAGAUAGAAUUAUGCACUUUGUACUGUGCUGCUGAAAGACUGACAGGCCUCAGCAUUGUUUUUAACCAUCACUUCUUUAGGGGCAGCCACUGAAAUCAGAUUGGAACUGGAAUGACAUGAUUCGGUAUCAGAUCUUUCAAGAAGAAGAGAUAAAAGGGAAAAAUGUCCAUAAAUCAUGGGAGAGUCUCCUGGUGAUGGACAGGAUUAGUUCUUAUCCUCAGUGGAUCACGAGACAUCAGAAGUGAAAAUUGUCACUGGUCCCUUAAACCAGUCAAAAAUCCUGUUAGAAAUGUUUUUAAAGA